AUGCCAGGCACACAAUCCCUCCCGCCGCCGGCCCUCCCACAGCUGGUGCCCGAGCAGCAUGUCCCCAUCACACACUCGGACAAAGACACCAAGCGACUCAUCGUCGUCCUCUCCAAUGCCAGCCUCGAGACGUACAAGGCCUCGCACGGCGGCGGUCCGAGCCGGCUCGGUGCCCACCGCGAGGAAAAGUACUCGCUCCUCAACAGCGACGAGCACAUCGGUGUCAUGCGCAAGAUGAACCGCGACAUUAGCGAUGCUCGACCUGACAUCACGCACCAGUGCCUCCUUACCCUCCUUGACUCGCCCAUCAACAAGGCAGGCAGGCUGCAGAUCUACAUCCAGACCGCCAAAGGCGUCCUCAUUGAGGUCUCGCCUUCGGUCCGCAUCCCCCGCACGUUCAAGCGCUUCGCCGGCUUGAUGGUGCAGCUGCUCCACCGCCUCUCGAUCCGCUCUACUAACUCGCAGGAGAAGCUGCUCCGCGUCAUCCAGAACCCCAUCACCGACCACCUCCCCCCCAACUGCCGUAAGAUCACCCUGAGUUUUGACGAGCGCGUCGUGCGUGUGCGCGACUACAUCGACACGCUCGACGAGAACGAGAGCAUCUGCGUCUUUGUCGGAGCCAUGGCCAAGGGCGCCGACAAUUUUGCCGAUGCCUUCGUGGACGAGAAGAUCUCCAUCAGCAACUACAGCCUGUCGGCCAGUGUCGCCUGCAGCAAAUUCUGCCAUGCCGCCGAAGACUCGUGGGGCAUUCUGUAA